GAACAUAUCAAAUAAACUGAAUUAGGCCAUAUUUUAAAUAAUAUCAUUAAAUACGGUUAAUCAGAAUAGAUUUUUAGGUCUACGUACAGGUGUUCACUCGCUCCAAUUACUGGUGGUAAAAGUGUUUUUAAAAGUUAAAAAUUGUGAUUUAAAAUGGCAGCAAUAACAACAAUAGCAAUACCGACACUAUGGUUAGGGAGUAUAUGGGGUACAUCAGCAGCAUCAGCAUCCACCUCUGGUGUGAAGGACUACUUGGGAGUAUCUGUUUGUGUGGAUUAUAUGCCUGGAGGCGGGGGUUUUAGUAUUCAGCAGGCCCAACAGGGCCCUAGUAACUUUCAUUAAAUGCAGUUCUAGUGAUAGUAACACGGCUACUGAACAAUUGUCUACGCUUCUAGAAGAGAGGUUUAGCCUACAGUGAGCUAGUGAUAGUUAUAUCCAUACCAGGUAUCUACUCGGGUAGUUAUCUUUAUGGUGGUUUGAAAAGUGCUUAAGACUGAUCAUUGGGAAUAGAAACCAAAGAUUUUAAAGCAUUACAAUCGGUCUGACAAAAUGCCGGACAAAAACAAUUUUGAGCCCAGCGCUAAGAAACCCAAAGUCGAGAUCGACUUGAACAAUUUAGUUAAACAGGAGAAGGAUAGUGACGACAGCAGCCCUGGUAGCUUGGAGCAAGGGCAGCGUGUACAGGAGCAGCUACUGCCCACUGUUCAGCUGUUUGGUACAGAUAUACCGUAUCGUCGUUGCGGUAAAAUCCUGCUAUUCAGUACAGCUGCUGUGGUAGCGUUGAUUAGAGCUUGGCUUCCAAUUGCUGCUGAUCUACAGCAAAUUAUUAACAGUUUACAGACCCAGAACAGAGGAGAACCUCUGAAAAGUUCAUUAAUAUCCUGGGGGUCCCUGAAGCUACUCCUAAAAGGAUCACUUUAUGAUCUUGCACUGGGGAAUAUCCUUUCCCACUACAGACCAUUUGGUAAGAGUCCCCGAUUUGAUGGUGAAAAUGAAUUAUGCACCCUGAAUGGUGUACUCAAGAUAGGAAACCAGGGAAUACAGUUCUAUGUACAGUACGGCAAGGUAUUUCUGAGCUGUGAAGAUGUGAUGCGCGUAUGCCGGGAGCGCGGAGAGGAAGUAAACACUAUUAAACCAGGAAGAAAUAAUUCAAACCUAUACAAGGUGAACGGGGUAGUGGAUGGUGAGAUGAGGAUGAGACUCGAGGAUAUUGAGCAGCAGGUCAAGGACACCAAACUGGGAUCUGUUCUCAGGCACCUGUUGAAGCAGGUUGAGGGUGUGAAGGAGAAGAGGGAGCAAAUGGAAAAGGAGAUGGAGCAGACCGUCUCUAUGAUCAACAGACAGAGAAUCACAGAGCAGGCAUGUACGUACGACAGUACCGAUAAUGAGUCUAAAUCCACUCUUGAAACUGUACAUGUUGCGGAUUCAAGUUAUGUACCGAAACGAACCUACAAAGAGUGCAAUAACAUACAGUGCGGGCGUACAUAUCACUUUAUCCUGAGCUGCUGCACUAGGGAGCAUACUCUAAACCUCAUGGAUCAAAGAAUCCCCUUCAUGUAUCACCAGGGGAAAAUAUACCUGGAGAAGUGCGCGGCAUUCGAGGCCAUUGGCAAAACAAAUAUAAUCCGUUGUUCCAACUAUCGUCGAGUGGAUAAGAUACUGAUCGAGCACGGACUAAGUCCAGCCGCCGAAUUUCUGCAGCAGGAUAUAGGAAAGAAGUCUCGUCGGCGAAGUGGCGCUGCGGGUAGAAACCGUAGGAAUCAUGUCAGCCUUGAUGCUCUCACUCUAUUAGUCCAGGUUAACUUUGUGAUGCCUGGUCGACAAGAUGUAUUGCUGGCUGGACUAGAACAGUUCUCAUCCAACCCUCCUCCUCCUUGCGCACAUAUUAACCAGGGUGAGGUGGAGAAUGAGAUGGAUGAGCUAGUGAAUGAUCUGGAUGAGGAGGAAGAGGAGGCUAAGGAUGAGAAUAUUACUAAGGAUGAGCAGAGUAGUUCUGGAGUAGAAUCUGAAGAAAGUGGGCUUGUUGAAACACCAGUUGGUUCCCCUGAGUCGGUACAUAAAGUAGUUGACCUCAAACCGGUUCCUAAAAGUAAACAACAGAUAAAAACAGUCGCUAUUCAGAAUAUGCAGGUUCCUUUCAAGGUUGCAAAUGGGCAGGUUUUCUUGAAGAAACAUUUUGUUUUCAGUUUGCUUCAUAUCAAGGAUGCCCUCAGAAAAAGUAGCGAAAGGUUGGAGAAACUGUUGGUUCAGAUUGAGUUUCCUCUGGAGAAAGCAUUUCUGUAUGAAGGAAGGAUUGCCAACUAUAUAUCAACACAUGCUGUCAAGUGUAUCCUGGGUUCUGUCCCUGAUAUAUCUACUGAGCUGGGACGGGUUGAGCUAGAUGAUCUCCUGGUAGAGUUGGAGACUAUUGAAGGAAAUAUUGACAACCUGACAACUAUUAAACAUCUUCAGCUCAAAACUAUGGGAACUAUUAGGUUUCAAGUACAGGCUGGUGUAGUAUACUUUGAUACACUAAAACUUAUGAAGCUGGCUGAGAUACAUCCCAGUCUUGUCAGAAACUCACCAAGCAAAGCCAACUCUUUCGUCAAAAAGCUCCUUCAGGAUCGUGGUAUAAACGUGGUUAGUUGUUUCUUGAAGCAACGUAACAGUAAAUACGCAUUCAUCAACCUGCGUAGUUCUCUUAUACUGCUCCAGUACUCACACGAGACAGAACAGAAGGAGAAAGCUCACAGGCUGAAGAAGGAACUUCUUCUUGCUGCACACGCUAGAAAUAUACUGAAUAAACCGGGAGAAGGAUCAGUACGCUGCGUCCAGAACACGCUGAAAAUAUCAAACAGAUUUCCUAAUCUAAAAUACAAAAUCAAGGCUGGUAGAAUGUAUUUCCAUCGUAAAACUGUAUUUGAUUGUAUCGGACUAGAGAGCUUGGUUCUAGGAAACAAAAAGGGAUUUCUUCCGCUCAACGCUAUUCUUACAGAUCUUGGGCUUGACUUCUCUCAGGUGUACCUAUCCAACCAGCAGGAAGUGUUUGCCUACAUCUCAGCUCCUGCUCUUCUCCUACUCCUGGAGUCCAACGAGUCCUUCCUAGUCCUUCUCAACAAGAGAUUUUCUAGCUCAGCUACUUCUAGCUAUAGAAUUUUCUGUUUGCGCAGUUCUAGGAAAUCAGGAAACUCUGUUGGUUGAGAAUCAUAAGAUUCCGAUAAUAUCUCGCGAGGGUCGUCUUUACCUAGAUAAAGAAGUUUGCUUCAGUAUGUCCCGCCUCUCCGCCCUGUCAGAGUGGGC